AUUGAACAAAUCAGAAAUAAGUGAAACAUGAUUUCAGAUGCUAAUAACUGCUUAAAAUGCUUUCAUCAGGGUAAUGGGACUUUAGAUUGGGAGCUGGUUGGUGAUCAGGAAAGGCUUCUUAUUUGACUACAGACCUGAAUGACCAGAGACUAAUCUGGGGCAAUAAAUUUCUGAACAGAGAGAAAAGCAAGUUCAAAGGCUCUGAGAUUAGAAUAAAGCCAACUUGUUUAAGAAGCAAAUGUAGCUGGAGCUGCCAGUAAUAAAAGGUGGUUGUCCGACAGGCAAAGGCAUGAGCUGGGCCCAAGCCAUCCUGCUGGCCCGGGGCCUCUCUCGGGGCUGGGGGGGCAUCUGCAGCACUGCCCUUACAGGAGCCCCCUUCUCUCAGGUGCCACCCCAGGCCCCACGGGGCCUCCGCUGCAGUGCAGCUGCCCACAACCCUGACUCGUCGCUGGUCCCACGGCCACCUGAGCCCCCCAGGCAGCCCGUCAAGGCCCUGGCAGUCCACGAGGAGCUGUUUAGGCCGGCGCUGGAUGGAACACGAGACAAGGCGAACUUCGUGCGGGCAGUGCAGAACUUCGCCCAGUACAACGUGCACAAGCGCGGCCACGUGGACUUCAUCUACCUGGCCCUGCGCAAGAUGCGAGAGUACGGUGUCGAGAGGGACCUGUCUGUCUACAACCUGCUCCUUGAUGUCUUCCCCAAAGAGGUCUUCCGGCCUCGCAACAUCUUCCACAGCAUCUUCCUCCACUACCCACGGCAGCAGGAGUGCGGGAUUGCAGUCCUGGAGCAGAUGGAGAACCACGGGGUGAUGCCCAACAACGAGACGGAGUUCCUGCUCAUGCAGAUAUUUGGCCGCAAAAGCUAUCCCAUGCUCAAGCUGGUGCGCAUGAAGCUGUGGUUCACCCGCUUCAAGAAUAUCAACCCUUUCCCCGUGCCCCGGGACCUGCCCCAGGACCCUGUAGACCUGGCCAGUUUGGCCCUGCGGCACAUGGAGCCUGAUCUCAGCGCCAGGGUCACCACCUACCAGAUGCCUUUGCCGAAAGACUCCCCUGACACAAUGGAUCCUACAGAGACCCAUAUCGUAGGGAUCCAGAGUCCUGAGCAGCAGAGCGCCCUGGCCCGCCAUGACCCAGCCCGCCCAAUCUUCGUUGAGGGCCCCUUCUCCCUGUGGCUUCGAGACAAAUGUGUCUACUACCAUAUCCUCAGAGCUGACUUGCUGCCCCCUGAGGAACGGGAAGUGGAGGAGAUUCCAGAGGAGUGGAACCUCUACUACCCGAUGCAGCUAGACCUGGCCUACGGGAGGAGCGGCUGGGAUGACUACGAGUUUGACAUUGAUGAAGUGGAGGAAGGGCCUGUCUUUGCCAUAUGCGUGGCGGGUGCCCAUGACCAGGCCACGCUGGCCAAGUGGAUCCAGGGCCUUCAGGAGACCAACCCAGCCCUGGCCCGGAUCCCGGUGGUCUUCCGCCUGUCCGGGUCCUCCGGGGAGCUCCUGGCAUCCUCCUCAGAGCUGGAGGAGCCACCCCCACCCCCACCCGAGGGCCAGGAAGAAGAAGAAGACAGUCAGCAGCGACAACAGCAGGGCCAGAGCUGACCCUGCGUGGUCACGAGAGCAUAGUCCAUGGACUGGUGAAAGCACGAGAUGACCUUUGCGUGUACAGCAAAUAAAAGUCUUCCUGCUUGGGGCUGCCUUGCCUCCUCUCUGGCA